AGCACCUAUCGUGCCGUCGUUUGAAACUGGACUAGACAGCCUGACCAAUCCGCACAACCCACCCCGAGAAAGUCCUCCCAGGCUUCCCAACUCCCAAGCACUUCAGCCUCGUCGUCGGUGUCGAUGGCCGCCGCGCCGGAGGAGCGCCUCGACGUCCUCACCGCCGCCGGCGACAAGACGGGCGUCUCCAAGCCCAGGUCGGAGGUGCACAGGGACGGCGACUACCAUCGGGCGGUGCACGUGUGGAUCUACAGCGAGAGCACCGGGGAGCUGCUGCUGCAGCGGCGCGCCGACUGCAAGGACUCGUGGCCCAGCCAGUGGGACAUCUCCAGCGCCGGCCACAUCUCCGCCGGGGACUCCUCCCUCUCCUCCGCACAGAGGGAGCUCCAUGAAGAGCUAGGCAUCAAGCUUCCAAUUGAUGCUUUUGAGCUUUUAUUUGUAUUUCUUCAAGAGUGUGUUAUCAACAACGGGACUUACACCAACAACGAGUAUAAUGAUGUUUACCUUGUGACUACUUUAACUCCAAUUCCGCCCGAGGCCUUCACACUCCAAGAAAGUGAAGUAUCUGCAGUUAGGUAUAUGCACCUUGACGAGUACAAGAGCUGUCUUGCUGCAGAAAGUGGAGAAUAUGUACCUUAUGACGUGAAUGGGCAAUAUGGCCAACUAUUCAGUAUUAUUGAAGAAAGGUACAAAGACAAUAUAGAGUCCCGCAGUUUAACCUUAAAAAAGCAAAUUAGUCGUUAUGCUCCCAUCCAUUUGGAACCAGAGUUGACUACUCUAUCUGAAGGGGACAGGGAAGCCUUGGGAUAUAUUCUUAAAGCAUCAAUAGUUAUUGAUGACAUAUUUUAUGAGCAGGUAUGGAAUAGCAAUCGAAUGCUAAAAGACUGGCUAAAAGCACGUGCUGACUCCUCCUCCUUUGAUAAGUUGAAGUGGGCAUAUUAUUCUAUCAAUAAAAGUCCAUGGUCCUGCCUUGAUGAAAAUAAGGCUUUUCUAUCCACUGCAGAUUCGGCCGUGAAAUUGCUCACAGAUGCCACCAAGCCAGUUCCAGGAUGGAAGGGGGUUGAGUAUCAUGCAGCAUUUCCUCUAGAUAAGCCUCUUGGUGCAAACUUCUACCCUCCUGAUAUGAACAAAAUGGAGUUCGAAUUAUGGAAGAGCGGACUAACUGAUAAGGAACAAAAGGACGCAACUGGAUUCUUUACUGUCAUAAAACGGCCUGACGCUUUGUUGCCUUCAUCACUAGCACAGUCAGAAGGACCAAAUCAAACCAAUACUUCAGAUGAUCUUUUUAUUGUUCCAUACUCCCAGGAGUACAAAUCAUCCCUUGAGAAAGCUGCCGAGCUUCUUCAUAAAGCAGCAGAGUGUUCUGAUUCUCCCAGCCUCAAGAAUUUGCUCAGGACCAAGGCAAAUGCUUUCCUUUCAAAUGAUUACUAUGAAUCUGACAUAGCUUGGAUGGAGUUGGACUCCAACAUAGAUGUCACCAUUGGCCCAUAUGAGACAUAUGAAGAUGGUCUUUUUAGUUAUAAGGCAACCUUUGAAGCAUUUGUUGGCAUACGGGAUGACAUUGCAACUUCUCAAGUGAAACUCUUUGGUGGCCAACUCGAGGAUUUGGAGAAAAAUCUCCCAAUGGACAAUAUUUACAAAUCCGACCAUGUAUCUGCUGCUCCAAUUCGUGUGAUGAACCUUCUUUACAACUCUGGGGACGUGAAAGGUCCUCAAACUAUUGCUUUCAAUUUGCCAAAUGAUGAGCGGAUUGUGAAUGAGCGAGGAACCUCAAUGGUUAUGCUUAAGAAUAUUUCAGAAGCCAAGUUCAAGCAUAUAUUGAAGCCUAUAGCUAAUGCCUGCAUCAGAGAGGAGCAGAAGGAUUAUGUUGAUUUUGAGCCUUAUUAUACACAUAUUGUUUGCCAUGAGUGCUGCCAUGGAAUUGGACCUCAUUCCAUAAUCCUUCCAAGUGGUAAAAAAUCUACAGUUAGAAUGGAACUUCAAGAAUUUCAUUCAGCAUUGGAGGAGGCAAAAGCUGAUAUAGUUGGUCUCUGGGCUCUGAAUUUUCUUAUUAACAAGGGGUUGCUUCCUAAGAGCCUAUCAAAAUCCAUGUAUGUCUCUUUCCUGGCUGGGUGCUUCCGGUCUAUCCGCUUUGGACUGGAAGAAGCUCAUGGGAAAGGGCAAGCGUUGCAAUUUAACUGGAUGUAUGAGAAAGGAGCUUUUAUCUUGCAUUCUGAUGGGAAAUUCUCAAUUGACUUUACGAAGGUUGAGGAUGCUGUUGAAAGCCUUAGUAGAGAGAUCCUGACAAUACAGGCAAAGGGCGACAAGCUUGCUGCCCAGUCUCUCCUUCAGUCCCGUGCAACCUUGACGCAACCAUUGCAUGUUGCAUUGGAGAAAAUAGAACACAUGCAGGUGCCUGUUGAUAUCGCCCCUGUGUUUGGCACGGCCACUAAACUGCUUGCUAACAACUAAUCACUGGAGGACAGCAAUUCAGCAAGUUUUGUGCCUCCCACUGUACCUGAGAAACUACAAAUUGUUGAAACAAGAUGAAGCUCCAUGCCCGAGCAACACAAAUGAAAAAAAAAGAAUAAAGCUCACGAAGGGAGUCCAUAUUCCUCUAAAAAAAACAGAAUCAGACUGCAGCUAAACUUUUGUGAUUUUUCUUUCAUAUAUCCUCUGCAGUCUCCAUGAGCCAGAGAUGCGCCUGCAACUAGCGGCGCAACCAAAAUCCUGCUUGAUUGACAUGAUUGUUCUCGAAUUUUGCUCAAAAUUUGACUUGGAAGAUUUGUGGCGUUACCUAGUUGUGUCACUCA